AUGUCAGACGACGCCUUCCUCGCCUUCUUUCGGCGCGCCGCUACGGCCGCGACGGCCUCUGCCCCCUCUAUCAGCUCUCAGCUCGACCUUCUCGAGGCCGGCAACUUCGAAGCCCUCCUGUCGCAGUCCGACACCGCCCGCGCGCUGCUCGGCCACCAGCCCAUCCCGGACGCGCCCACCUCACCAGCCGACUACCCGCUCUGGACCGACUGGGUGCACCGCCGGCUGACGACGCUGCUGCAAAGCACUCCCGAGGCGGACAAGCCGCGCGUCGGCGUCGAGCUGGCCGCCGUCGCGCUCGCCGCGCUGGGCGCCUUCGUGCAGGCCGCCGUCACGGGCCCGCCGCUGCCGUUCCGGUCGGCGGAUGUCGUGCUCGCGCCGUCCGGCGUGUUGGUUGCGAGUGAUGGCGAUGGCGAUGGCGAUGAUGAGAAGGAGAAGGAGAAGAAGCUGAGGGAGACGCGUGCGAGGCUCGUCCAGAGCCUGGGCGCUGAUGGCGCGGCUGCCUACGCGCGCACGCCGAACGUCGAGUUGUUGUGCCUCGCUGAGGCGGUGCUGGCGGGCGCGUACGGCGAGCUCGAGGCGGCGGUGGGCGCGAGCGCGGUCGUCACGACGGCGCUGUGUUGGGCGAAGGUUCGGGUGUUGGUGUUGCGGCAGCGGUUGCUUGGGGGUGGGGAUGUGGCGCCGAGUUUGCAGGCGGCGAUUUAUGGGGAGUUGGAGGCGUUGGAGGGGGAGCUGUUGAAGGAGGGGGAGGAGGACGAGGUGGUGAGGGUGAGGGAGGUGAGGGUGCCGUUUUUGUUGGAGAGGGCGUCGAUACAUACACUGCACGGGUUCGACAAGAAGGCGAGGGAGGACCUGGAUAGGGCGGCGAAGGAGAGGGGGUUCGAGUUCGCGUUGACCGGCUUGCUCGGGAAGCGGACGAAGUACCAGGAGAAGGAUACCAGUCAGCUUGUCGUCCUGGCGAGGAGUAAGGGAACGGAGACGGAAGACGAGGCGGGCAAGGGGAAGGGCAAGGCUGUCGCGGAGGAGAACGGCGAUGCGGAAUCGAAGCCUAAGAACCUGGAUCUCAACGACGACACGCUGCUGGAGUCAAUAUCUUUCACGGAGAAGCCCAGCUCGUCAACGGAUGUUCAGGACGAGAGCUCGUUACCGCCCAGCUUGGCCGCUCUGGAUCCAAGUAACCAGCCAAAGCUCGACCCGCUCGACUCCAUUAUUCUGCUCUCGCUGGCCUCGUCGAUCACGAAUACAUCCCCUCAGAACGGCUUGACUAGAGAGGAAACGGUUCCCUAUGCCACUCGUGUGCUCGAGGGUGGUAGCUCCAACUGGCAAGUCUACACCCAGGCCCUGCUGGUCCGCAGCAGGAUCGAGGGCUACAGAUCAAGGACUGCUGAGCGUGGCCUGCUGCAGCUUCAAGCCCUCGUGGACCAGGUUAUUGCAGACACUGCCGGAGGUGGGUCCACCGCUGAUGCUUCAGGGGACGGUUCUGUCUCUACGUUCCUGCCGCGGCCGCAAGAAGAAGACUCCGCACCGGUCUCGGAGCGCUUGCGCUACAUCUUCCAGCUGUGCACGCCGGCACGGUGGGAGCUGGAAUCCGAGCUGGCGCAAACGUGGGUCAAGAUGGGCGGCCUCCGCACUGCGCUGGAAAUCUACGAGCGUCUGGGCAUGUGGGCUGAGGCUGCGCUGUGCUGGGCUGCUACCGAAAGAGAGGACAAGGCUAAGCGGAUCAUACGGAGAGAGCUCUUCCACGCAACAGACGGCAACGAUGACGCAGCGGGUGAUGAUGAGAAGUGGGAGGGUGCACCGAGGGACCCGGCACCUGGUGAUGCGCCCAGACUGUACUGCAUUCUCGGUGACAUUGACAAGGACCUCUCGAUGUACGAGAAGGCUUGGGAGGUCUCUGGAGAGCGGUACGCCCGCGCUCAACGGUCCCUCGGCCGUCACUACUUCUCCGAGAAGGAUUUCGUCAAGUCUGCCAACGCCUACUCCAAGUCUCUCCGCGUGAACCAGCUCAACCAGCAGAGCUGGUUCGCUCUGGGCUGCGCACUCCUCGAGCUCAGCGAGUUUGAGCGCGCCGUACAGGCCUUCACGCGUGUCGUCCAACUCGACGACAACGACGCCGAGGCCUGGAGCAACCUGGCCGCCGCCCUGCUCCACCUCGGGCCCAAGACGGACGACGACGCCGACGCCGCCGCUCCCGCCCCGAAGCUCGACGACGAGGAAGAAGACGACCCGAACCACAUCGACACGACCAAGCGCCAGCGCGACCCCCAGCAGCACCGCCGCGACGCCCUCAAAGCCCUCAAGCGCGCCGCGCACCUGCAAUUCGACAACUUCCGCAUGUGGGACAACCUCCUCACCGUCGCCGCGUCCCUCAACCCUCCGGCCCUCACCGACAUCAUCACCGCGCAGCGCCGCCUCAUCGACCUCCGCGGCGCCACGGACGGCGAGAAAUGCGUCGACGCCGCCAUCCUCGACGCCCUCGUCCGCGACGUCAUCGCGCUCGACGAAAACGCCAACGGCUACGAUCCCACCCGGCCCGGCCCAACGCGCAUGCUCGUCCGCAUGGUCGACGAGGCCGUCGUCCCGCUCAUCACGGGCUCCCGCGCCCUCUGGGCCACCGUCGCCCGCCUCGCCCUCUGGCGCGGCAAGCCCGCCGCCGCGCUCGACGCGCACGAGAAGGCUUGGCGCGCGGCGACGGCGAGCAGGCCGGGCUGGGAGACGGGUAGCUUGCCCGAGGCCGCGUGGAACGAGGUCGUCGACGCGACGGUCGAGCUCGUGGCCGCGUAUGAGAGUCUCGGGCCGCGCGAGCGCACGGAGGGCCUCGCGGCGGGGAGUGGGCAGGUUGUUAUGAAGGAUUGGAAGUUUAAGGCGCGCAGUGCGGUCAAGGGCGUGUGUAGUCGCGGUAAGGAGACGUGGGAGGGGAGUGAGGGGUGGGAGAGGUUGAGGGGGGUGUUGGAGGAGUUGAAGGGGGUGUAG